CUCGCCCCUUGCGUCCUGUCUCCUUGGAAACAUUAACAAACAUGGCGGAUUAAUUUUGGCCGUGUGAAAAAGUAAUUUUAGGAAGAUAUCUUGCCAAGGAAAGGAACAUCUAGAAAAGCGAGGUGCAAUGGACGUCAAAGAAGACGGAGAAAGUCCAUUUGAUGUGGCGUCAGACGUGUGUGGACUGCUGGGUGUCCACCUCAUCACUGAUGAGGACAAUGAAGAAGAUGGUCCAGGCCAGGAGACCUUUGAAGAUGAAGAGCCAGCCUUUCCUCCUGAUUUAAAGUGGUUAGAGGAGUUGUACGAAGAGGACGAUACUGAUGGUGAUGCUGACGCUGACCUUGCUGUUACGGCCGUCAAUGAUAAGAAGAGGAGUUAUGCUGAGAAAGCACGGAUGUUCAAGCUGAGACGAAACCUGGACCAGCUGGACUGCUUUCACCGACAGAAGGAGCACGACGUGCUGAAAGCCAGAGAAGAGCUUAAACUCUGCCGUCAGUACAUUGAAUGUUUGGUGGAGCAGAGGGAUGACUUGGAGACAGAGAUUGAGCGACAGAAAGCAGCAGACAACGGUGUGGCAGUGUUUCGUGUGCGAGCCCAGCAUAAGCAUCUGUGUGAAAAGCUGCAGAGUGAGGAGGAGCUGGAGGGCCACAUCAACACUGAGCUGAGGCAACAAGAACUGGAGCUGAGUGAAGUGGAGGUGGAGCUUGGCAGGUUCUCCUCGCUCCGGCAGGAGGUGCAGGAGGAGGAGCGGGCCUUUCAGGUCCUGAAGAACCAGAAGGCAGCGACAAGGCUGCAGCAGGAGAGGAAAGCCAGCCAGAACCUGCAGCUCAAGAUGCAGCAUCUCAGGGAUAAACAGGCAGCCCUGCUGGAGAAAGAGGAGGCUGAAUGUCAGGAGAAAAGUGAAGAGGGCCGGGCCAGUCGCAAGGUAGCUGCCAGGCACUUGAAAGAGACCAUUAAAAGGAUGCAUCAGCAGAACAGGGAGGGACCGGAAAAGAGGAUGCAGGCUGUCAUGUCCCUGAAAUCUAACAUAGCAGCCACCCAAGAGAGGUUACGUGUCCAUCAGAGCAGAGCCAAAGCAACUGCCCAGAAGAAAGAGCAGCGACAGAGACAACUGAGAGAGUCCCUGCAGGCCCAAGGAAUCGACAGCGUCAAGCAUAUGCACCAGCAGAAACAACUCGAGGAUAUAAAACGAAAACAAGAGGAAUUGGAGGAGAGGCAGAAGUCAAAGAGAGAGGAGAUUGUGGCAAAAAUCCUUCAGGAGGGACAGCUGGUAAAGAGCAGAAAGAGGCACCAGCCACUGCUGCCUAAACCCUCAACCACUGACAAGUUCCCACUUCUGGGGAGAGUGAGAGAGAAUCUCCUGUAUUACCUGGACCCCAUUCCCCCGGCAGCCACAGAGGGGAGAGCCACAGUCCAGUUAAGACGGUUCAGUGACAUCAGCAGCUCGCCGUCAUCCUCCUCUGAUGUCGACGACCUGGAGGAAGCCACGCACCAGGAAGUGGACCACCACAGCCUCGCCGACAGCCUGGCCGAGCCCGAGUUCUCUGGGCUGUGGGAGCAGAACUACAAGAAGCUCCUGAGUGAGAAAACGACUUUGGUGCAGACAGAAGUAAAGCAGAAAGAACCUGCGUUGACCAGUGGAAAGCUCAACGCUCCUCCUAAAAGGGUUCAUGGAAAAGAGUUGAAAGGGCCGCCGUUCAGCAGUAAACCGAAGGUCAUCCUCUUCAAGGACUUUGAAGUGGGGGAAAUGUAUAAGAAGAAAAUCGUCCUGACUAACAUCAGCUACGUCACCAACCACUGCAAGCUUCUCGGGGUCUCCGCCCAUGCGAAGGAUUUCAUCUCCAUCACCUUUGAGCCUCCUGGAUCUUUAUCGACUGGGAUGUCCUGUAACAUGCAGGCUGUUUUUCAACCUCUGAUCAACGAGGACCUGGAAGGAGAGGUCCAAUUUGCGUCAGCAGUGGGUCCCUUCUCUGUGCCUGUCAGAUGCACCAUAAAGAAAUGUGAUCUGGAGGUUGAUAGCCAGUUCAUUGACUUCGGUUCGCACGUCGUCGGCCAAACUAUUUCAUGGACUAUCACCUUGACCAACAAGGGUGCACUGGCCACCCUCUUCAGCCUGGACACCUCCGCAUGUCUCAGUCCAGAGACUAGCCAUGUCCAGAUGGCAUCCCAGGUCUCUGCCAACUCCUGCCAGGAGACAAGCAGUCAAAACAUAACAUCUAACGAUCAGAGCAGCUCUGUAUCCUUGGGCACUGGAGAACUGCAGCCAAAGCAAGAGAGCCAGGAGCUUUCUGAACACCCAGAAGAGUCAGAGGCUUCAGCUGCAGGUCCAGAAGGUAUUCCUGAGACUUGUAUGUUCAUCGAUUUAGAAGCCCAGAUGGACCAGAUCCCCUCAGACUCCGGUGAUAUAAGUCUAGGAAAUGUUAGAGAAGGGGAGAUUGGACCUUUUAAAAGGAUCAAACUGGAGGUGGUCUUCACUCCGACCGUUCCAGGAGAGGCCAAGCUGGACUUUCACAUCAAAUUCUCUGACUUAACCAGCAAACCAAUACCCAUCCAGGUGAGGGGUGUGGCAGUCAGCGUCCCUGUAUGGGUGGUUCAGCCCAACAUUGACCUGAAGAUCUGCAUGUUCGACCGCCUCUAUCAAGACCGUAUCAGGGUCCAAAGCAGCGCCAGGACAGCUUUGAAGCUGACCUUUGAGGUGUGCCGGGAAAUGAGGAAACACAUGGAGAUCCUUCCAAAGACGGGCUUCGUCCAGGCCCAGUCGAGCUUCAAUGCCCAACUCAAGUUCCUGCCAAGAAGCUCCUUAUCCAAAGAUGCCAAGAAGCUUUUUGACAGAGAUACAGGAGUCCUGGAGGUUCCAGUGACAGUGCAAGUAGCAGGCCAGGUGAAGCCGAUCCACUUCACAGUCCAGGCUGUUGUGACCUCCUCAGACCUGCGCUUUGACCGGACUGAGGUGGACUUUGGCUGCUGCUCCGUGUACAAUUCUGUCAAGAGCAGCGUUCGCCUUACCAACAUGUCCCUGCUGCCCCAAGAAUUUGGCUUCGUGGGCAUUCCACAGUUCAUUGAGGUCCAGCCUAACGAUGGCUUUGGCACUCUGCUCCCACAAGAGACCCUGGAGAUUGAUCUGAUUUUCAGUGCCAACAAGUCCAAAGACUACAAAUUCCAGCUCACCUGCAAAUCAGAAAUUAACAGAGAUUUCCUUCUGUCGUGCCGAGCAGUGGGCGUCCGCCCUCCGCUGCAGCUCUCCCAUUCUCUGGUCCAGUUUGGGGCCACGGCAGUAGGUGAUCACUCCUCUGCCGUACUUUACCUGACCAACCAUCAAACCAGCCAGAACCAGCCCAAACAAGCAGCCCCUCCGGUGGUCAAGGACACCAUGGCUCCUGUCAUACCCAGGCUGUUCUCCUUCAGCCUCCCCCAGGAUUCAGACAUCAGCAUCACUCCUGCUGCGGGCCGCCUGCUGCCCGGAGAGAGAUGUCUGGUCCAGGUGACGUUCAGACCCACACUGUUAGACCAGCACAUCAAAGAGGAGGCGCUGCGUCUCUUUCACCGAGCCAAGUUGCUCCGUGAGAAGGAGUUGGAGAGGAACAGACACUCUGAGCAGGAGACCAAAAAGGAGCUCCCAGUGGAAACCAGUAAAGGAAAGGAGGCAUCUGUGAUUCCAACAAUCAGCAAGGUGUCAGGCAAGCCAAAGACGGACCAACUGAGUGAAUCACCAGAUCCUGCCGACAUACAGCCGGGGUCAGAGCAGUAUGGGGAGGCCAGGGCGUCUCUGCUGCUCUCCUUCACCCAGCGCUGCAGCGAGUACACCGUUCCCUGCUUUGUGUCGGACGGAGACCCUCCAGAGGAAGACCGACAGGCCCAGCCGGCCUGGAGUCCCUUCAAUACUCUUUACUUGGAGCUGCAGUGUUCUGCUGUACAGCCCCCUCUAGUGGGCACAUCCAACAAUGGACACAAUGUCAUAGACUUCCAUCAGCUGGCAGUGGGAGAACGAGUGAUCAAGAGGUUUACAGUUCAGAACAUUUCCAAGGAAUCUUUGGACCUGAGGUCGUCGGUGCUGGAUAUAGACGGUACUUUUGUCCUUCUGAACGCUCUGAGAUGCAUAAGACCCGGAGAAAAACACACUCUGGUGCUGGCCUUCAGUCCAUCUCUGGAGAAAAAGUACUGUGAGACUCUGGAGGUGCGUAGCCAGGAGAUGACCCUGGAGAUUACUCUGCGUGGGGAGGGUGUGCUUCCCGUGGUCACCUCCUCCCACCCUGGAGGUCUCCUCGACUUUGGCUAUGUGCUGGAGAAGGAGAGCAGCUCACACGUCCUGAAGCUGCAGAACAGCUCAGCGGUGGCGGUGGGUUUCAAGGUGCUGCUGGCCAGCGUCUGUCCCUGGAGGCCUCAGGGUGGAGCUGACCUGGUGGCCUUACUGCUGGGCGGUUACAAAGACUCUAAGGUCCAGCUUGACGUGGGAACCCAGAACUACAGUGGGCGGAGUGUGUUCAGCGUGGGGCCAGCAGAGGGCAGCAUUGCUCCAGGACAGAGCCAGGACAUCCCUAUCACCUUUCAGCCUGACCACCCGUCUGUCAACUAUUGUGACAGACUGACAAUAGAGCUCAUAAAUAAGAGUAAAGUGUGCGUGCUGGAUCUGAGGGGGGCAGCUUCUUCACACAACAUGUAUCUGUGUGGAGGAGACCCUCUGACGGUGCCCAUUGAAUCCCUCCUCCCUCCAUUGUUAUUCAGUCAACCUCAGCUGACAGCAGAGUCAGAAGUGAUGGAGAAGCCCACCAUCCCUGUGUUGGUGACCCUGCAGGCCAGAUACAGCGCAGGAGCCCUCAUACCUGCAGUGAGGGAGCUGCAGGUGGGCUGCAUCCGCUCCACACAGCCCAGUAAGAAGAGUGGUGACUUUCACUGGGAAAACGUUGCGUCCCUGCAGCAGCACGGCUUCAGUGUGGAGCCCAGCAAAGGAACCGUGAAGACAGGCCACAAACGCACCAUCACUGUCACAUGGACUCCCCAAAGUGGAUACAAGCCCUAUGAUGUGGUGGAGACAUGUGUGCCUCUUACCUUGAAGGGGGAUGAGACAAAUGUUUACAGAGUCACCCUGAUGGCGUUGGUCUCCACCGAUGCUGACUGACCUCUACAGUACCUGGAUGACGACCAGUGUGAAAUCUGCUCACACACACACACACACACACACACACACACACACACACACACACACACACACACACACACACACACACACACAGUUAUCUACAGAUACAGGCCCAUGUGUUAUUUUUAACCCUAAAUGCCAGUUGAGGGCUUCGGGCUUACUAUAUCAAUGGGAUAUACUGUUCAUUUAUGUGGCCAACAUUAAGCAAUUAAUGUAUAACUUGAAUCUAAUUAUUAAA